AUGUCCCAUCAUCACUACUCCACCUGGUCCACCAUAACCCACAUCUUCGGCUGGUUCUCAUUCCUCAUUGCCAUUUGGGCGACCAUCACACUUUUUGUGCUAAUCGAGAAACGGUCCAGAAAGGAGUUUGGAGGAUAUAAGAACUUUUUGCGGAUAUAUUGCUUUUAUGCAUUUCUAUUUGCUAUUGUUGAUUGGCUUGUUCAACCGUAUGCCGUGAUGGAUGUCAAUGGCAAUGGUUAUGUGUUUUAUUCCGAGAAUCGGCUUUUCGAUUUGGGCUACUCGGUUUCUCAUUUUGUGCAGAUUAUCUACUGUGGUUGCUUCAUUGCGAGUUCCUCAUUUCUCUCUUUGAAUUUCAUUUAUCGAUACGUCUCCUCUUGUCAACAACACCUUACUCAUCAUUUCAAGGGGUUCGGUCUGAUAUUGCUCACCCUUUAUUGCGCCUUGCCCUUCGUUAUCUGGUGCUUUUGCGUUUAUUAUUGGAUGGGUCCAACAACAGAGAAAACUGCGUAUUUUAACGUUUCAACGACCCUAAUCGAGCAAUUCGACCUCACUGACAAGCCAUAUGUCGGCCCUUUGUGUAAUCACAUCAACACAACUCCAUUUCACAAAGCCGGUGAUGUCGAGUGGUGGGCGAUGGGUUCGUUCAUUGGACUUGUAGCGUUUCAGAUCCUGUUCUACGGAAUUUCUCUUGUCUGCGGAAUUCAGACUUAUCGAAAUAACAUGAAGCUGCUCCGAUUGGCUCAGUUAUCCAAGAAUCUCUAUAGGACGCAAAUGCAACUUCUAAGGGCUAUCGUGAUUCAGGCUGUAGUCCCUCUGGCAUCCGUAUAUGUCCCUCCAGCUGUUAUGAUCUCUGGAAGCAUGGCCGGCGUCUAUAUGGGAGAAAUCGGGCAUUUUGUGGUGAUGAGCAUUUCCAUCUAUCCACCAUUGGAUUCUUUGUUGUUUUUGUUGUUUAUACGGGAUUACAGAGAUGCAUUAUUUUGUAAUACAAAAAAACCUAGUCCUGCGGAAAGUUCGAAUGUAAUGAGACCUGCUACUGCUAAGGUGUCGGUGAGUGGGCUGUGA